GUCAAUUCCCUCAAUUCGCCGACCCACGAGUCGAUCGGGAAACGAACCAAGCAGCUGAAGGGCGGAUAACCAAUCCAUUUUCCAAAAGGGUCGUAUCAGUACCCCCCAAAAUACUGGAGCAGACCCGCUGCCCGACUCUCCGGACGGACCUUCCAAGGCCCCUGUCCUGUCCUGUCCUGUCCUGCUCUGUACCCUUUCUCAGUUCCGUAAUCAUACCGACCAAGCCCAUCCUGACCGACCAUCGUCAGGAGAGCCCUUUUUUUUCUCCCAGGGGCAACCGUCCACUCUCCUUUGCGAGCGACUCAACCAACGUUUUCUCUCGUUCAUCCACACUCCCUCUUUUGAUUUAUUUUUUUAUUUUUAUUUUAUUGUUUUUGGUCUACUGCGUUAUUCCCACCACGUCACUUUCCUUUUUGGAAGUUCCGGCCGCACGCCUCCGUCCCGUCUUCAACUCGAGCAAAGCACAAGCAAACAGCUCCAAAUCGAUCUUUUUUAUCAUUCCUGGGCCGUUCGUCCCAUACUCAAACCUGCCUUUUUUGAUCCAGCCGCGGGUCCCGAUCAUCUCGACGCACCGCAAAGUAUACACCUCAUAAAUUACAAUCAUCAGCUCCAGCCAAUUAUCAACCCAACAACAACAACAGCUAGCUGCCGACGCUGACAUUUUGUCGAAUGACCUCGUAAAUCCCGUCCGGCUCUUUCGAAAAGAGCUUUCUUCCAAACCCCUCACCAGGGCCAUCGUCGUGUUGGACACGACUCUCACUGGGUUGUCGAGCUUUCCCAGCGAGCUGCGCCUGUUUAUAGGGUCGGCAACACCAAUCGAAUCGUCAGCCGAAUCUGGUCAUUCAUAAUGACUGUCUCACACGACUACCCUCAUCGGGGAUCGAAUCACCCGCCAGCCAACAUGCUGGCCCUAGAAGAUCGAUUUGAAGUACUCAAGGAGAUUGGCGAUGGAAGCUUUGGCAGUGUGGCUCUAGCGAGAGUUCGCACUGCCGGAGCCGCGGUCGCUCGUCGGGGCACUGUGGUUGCCAUCAAGACGAUGAAAAAGACUUUCGAGUCCUUUACUCCGUGUUUGGAGCUCCGCGAAGUCGUUUUUCUGAGGACGCUCCCGGCACACGCUCACCUCGUGCCUGCUCUGGAUAUCUUCUUGGACCCCUUCACCAAAAAACUGCACAUUGCCAUGGAGUACAUGGAAGGCAACCUCUACCAACUAAUGAAGGCCAGGGAACACAAGGCACUGGACAAUGCCAGUGUAAAGAGCAUCCUUUUCCAAAUUAUGCAAGGUCUCGAACACAUACACGCACACAGUUUCUUCCACCGAGACAUCAAACCUGAAAACAUCUUGGUAUCAACCUCGGGACACAACGAAUCUUCAACAUCCUUCAGGAGAUACUCGUCAAUUGUCAAUCCUCCAGCACAGGCAUACACUGUCAAGAUUGCCGACUUUGGACUGGCAAGAGAAACCCAUUCUAAACUUCCAUACACGACCUACGUCUCGACGAGAUGGUACCGAGCACCUGAAGUGCUCCUCCGGGCCGGUGAAUAUUCCGCCCCCGUCGACAUCUGGGCUGUCGGUGCCAUGGCCGUGGAGGUGGCUACACUGAAGCCUCUCUUCCCGGGUGGCAACGAGGUCGACCAGGUGUGGAGGGUAUGCGAGAUCAUGGGUAGCCCGGGUAACUGGUACAACAAGACGGGUGGGCGCGUUGGAGGCGGUGAAUGGAGGGAAGGCACCCGCUUGGCAGGAAAGCUGGGCUUCUCAUUCCCCAAAAUGGCGCCACAUGCUAUGGAUACGAUCCUGCAGGCGCCCCAGUGGCCCGCAUCGCUGAGCCAGUUCGUCACGUGGUGUCUGAUGUGGGACCCCAAGAACAGGCCGACAUCAACACAGGCAUUGGCCCAUGAGUACUUUGCCGACGCUGUUGACCCCUUAAGACCCAAGUCAUCAGCAUCACGGAUCUUGGGCCGCAAGCAGUCCGAUCUCAACAAGGGCAAAGACUCUGCAACCUCGACGCCAACGUCGUCCAAGUCGUGGUUUAGAAAAUCAUUGAUUGGUCGUACCGAUAGCAACGAGAGCGCCGCCCCAGCCCCAGUGGCCAAAGACGUGGCUCCCAGGCCGGCUCCGAUCCAUACCGUCAGUGAGAUAAGUCAACCCAAGGUAAGGCCGCCUGCUGCUGCUAGCAAGCGGACCACUUGGACCAAUGGCCCUUCGAAUGUUGCGCCUAUGCCCAUCCUGCCAACCAUCAGGCCGAUAUCUCCCAUGUCGGAUGCCGUGACAGCACAAGCAAGCAACAGGACGCCGACAUACAACGAUGCCUAUGCAAACGCAUCGAGCAACCGUGGUACUGAGAAGGCCUCCAAGAAGAUCGGACGCCAGCUUUCGGUUGCAUCAAGCACAAAUCACUAUGCCGAGAUUCACCGGCAACAGGCUGAGCGGGCUCUCAACGGUAACGGAGGUCUUGCCUCGCCACCCAGUGGCAAGCAGGAGAAGGAAAGCUUCUUCUCGCAUCUUCGCAAGAGGGCACGCAGGUUCUCGGGCCGCCACCAAGCUCCGAUAUCACCUACGUAUGACGAUGUCGAGGCUCAAGCCGGAUGCGGACCGUUUGCAAGCAAUAGGUCAUCUAUGGUGAUUGACCAACAAGGACAAGCAGCCGGAAAGGACUCACACAGCGAUUACAUGGGAUCGGCAGAGCCUCCGGCUGUACCGGUCCACAACGUGCCAACAAACAACAAUGGCACCCUGAAAAGGCAUCACUCGCUCCCGCACCACCAGCCUAGGUCUGUGGACAACCUAAUGAAUGCCGCUCGCAACGGCAACAAUGUCCCUGGUGGUCCAAUUUCGAGCCGCACACGCAGAGCGCAGGCUGGCCAACCAGGUGGGAUGCAUCAAUACGAUGCGCCAGACGAGGAAGACGAACUCUUGGACGAGGUUCUCACAUCCACGCACAAGGCAAUGACAAAGCUCGAGAACAAGGACAAGGCCCCACCGCACAGCAAUUCUCACUACAACAAUAUGGCCAAGACACCUGCCAGCAACCGUAAUUCUGCUGCCGCCGCACACAAUGCCAGCCUUAACCCGUACCCGACACCAUCGCCGUCUGCCAAUGGAAACUCUGUUCUUUUUGGGGACGGGAGCGAGAACAUGACACCGAAGCCCCUCAGUCUGGACAAGGGCAACACUUCAACACCCGCAGACUAUGGCAAGUGGCCCACUCCCCCAUACGAGGAGUCGGAAUGGGCUGCGUCUGCAUCAGCGAGCAUCUGGGCCGCUAGUCACCGAUUUUAG